CCGGCGGGGAGGGGACGGGAGGAGCGAAGGGGCCUAGAGGACUCCGCGAAAACUGAGUGAGGCUGGCGUCGGCGGGAGAGUCGUCCCGGGCGGAGUGGUCGGAGAGGGAGCCCGGUUCCCCGAGCAGCCCGGGGAGGCCGCCUAGAGGGCGGACAAACAGACGGCCGGGAGGGCCAGCAUGCCCCCACUGUUGCACCCCGCCCUGCCGCUGCUCCUGGGCGCCACGCUGACCUUCCGGGCGCUCCGGCGCGCGCUCAGUCGCCUGCCCCUGCCCGCGCACGUGCGCGCCGACCCCCUGCGCACCUGGCGCUGGCACAACCUGCUCGUCUCCUUCGCCCAUUCCAUUGUGUCAGGGAUCUGGGCGCUGCUGUGUGUAUGGCAAUCCCCCGAGAUGCUGGUGGAGAUCGAGACGGCAUGGUCGCUUUCUGGGUACUUGCUCGUUUGCUUUUCCGCUGGGUAUUUCAUCCACGACACGGUGGACAUUGUGGUUAGCCAUCAGGCUCGAGCUUCUUGGGAAUACCUGGUCCAUCACGUCAUGGCCAUGGGUGCAUUCUUUUCAGGCAUAUUUUAUAGCCGCUUUGUUGGUGGGGGUGUCCUCACACUGCUGGUGGAAGUGAGCAACAUCUUCCUCACCAUUCGCAUGAUGUUGAAGAUCAACAAUGCCCAGGAUCUCCUCCUCUACCGGGUCAACAAGUAUGUCAACUUGGUCAUGUACUUUCUCUUCCGCCUGGCCCCUCAGGCCUACCUCACCCAUUUCUUCCUGCGUUAUGCUGGCCAGAGGACCCUGGGCACCUUUCUGCUGAGUAUUCUGUUAAUGCUGGAUGUCAUGAUCCUAGUCUACUUUUCCCGCCUCCUCCGCUCGGACUUUUGCCCUGAGCGUGUCUCCAGACGGCAACACAAAGACAAAUUCCUAACCGAGUGAGGGGCACAAAGCCUGGAACAGGACUUGGCAAGGACAGCAAACAGUGGAAGGAGCAACCUCACUUGUCAACUGAGACUUGGCCCAAGCCUGGGGCAUCCUCUCCAUUUAUCAAGCCUGCACCCACAACUGAAAACACUAAUGAAAGCAUUCCUCUGAAGUCCUUGUCCUUUCUUGGGCAAGGGGUGCGGGAAGCAGAUGGACCGGUUGGACAUGGUAGAUGGGUGUGGGGAGACAAGGUGCUUCCAGAAAGCAAGCCAGCCAGCACUGCCCUGUAAUGGAUGCUAAUGAAAACUGGUAUUGGUAUGUUGAAGGCAUGUUCUACUUUCAUAGGACAACUAAAACUCUAGUCUGCAUUACAAUUAUCUGCUACCCAAGCUCCACCCCUGAGGAUUAUAACAAGUAUGGAUAGGGAUGAGUAUUCCAAUCGGGUAAGUAGACCAAAAAGC